UUUUUACUAUAAUUUGAUCAUUCAUAUGUGUCAAUGCGAAGCCAGUUUCAUCAAUGAAUCAUAAUUAACAGAUUUCCAGUUUAAUCCUGUACAUUAAUUAACCUAGCAUUACCUAAUUUAUCUCAUAUAGCUUUCUGGUUAACAAAAAUUGUUCUGGCUCUGCAACUCUCCUUCUCUCUACCUUUAUCUCUGUGUCUCUGCCUGUAUAUUGUAGACUUAUUUUCGUUGGUCUGUAUCAACAACAGCUAUACACAAAGCUAUCAUCAUCAAAACUGCUAGUUUAUUCUUUAAUGUGAAUUAUCAAAUUAAAUUAAUCUUUUUAUUAUCAUGAUCAGUUAACAGUUGUCACCCUUGGUUGAGAUUCCAUAGAAUUGUGAUUAAAGAGUCUCAGAUAUUACUUUCUUUUUUAGGUGAAAAGCUACCAACAUUGUAAACAUUUGUUCCAUAUUGUUUCAAUACAUUUAUUUUUCUCCAGCAACAUUUAUUUCUUUCAGAUAUUCAACUGUUAUUCUGACACUUAAUCUACUUUUUCAAUCACUAAUAGACAUAGCUAAUUCUGUCUUUAGUGAUAAUGAUUUAAAUUCAUCCAUUCACAGCUAACUGGUCUUCUUUAAGUUCAUCACUCGGUUGUAUUACUCUUGCAGAGUAACCCUGCUCUUUGUUUGGUUCAUGUGAUUGGGUUUACCAGUUGUUGUGUUUAUUGUUGAUGUUAACCAUGUCUUCUAAAUCACUGGAUGAUUCAUUUGAUGAAUCGCUAUUUGCUUCAGAAAUAGUGUUGGAGAGAAAACAAUCUCGAAAGGAAUCUUCAAGCUAUUAUGUAGACGAGUAUAUCAAAACAUUCAAACAAGAUAAUUUCCUGACCAAGUUGAAGAGACGAGCUAUCAAAGGUGAAUUGAGGAGUUGUCGCUUUCGAAGCAUUGCUUGGAGGAUUUAUCUUGACUGUUUGCCUGAUAGAUCUGAAGAAUGGGUAACAACAACACGGACGUUCAGAGAAGAGUACCAGGCUAUUCGUAAUAAAUAUGACACAAAUCCAUACCGUAAUAAUAACCACAAUUUCGAGGAGAACAAUCCUCUUUCUCAACAAGAAUCGAGUGUUUGGAAUAAGUAUUUCCAAGAUAACGAGUUGAAAAAUACUAUAACACAGGAUGUUGUCCGAACAUUUCCUGAGAUUGAUUUUUUCCAAAGCUCAGUAAUGCAAGAAAUGAUGUGCAAUAUUUUAUUUCACUUUGCUCGGGAAAAUCCUAAGAUCACUUACAAGCAGGGAAUGCAUGAGCUUUUGGCCCCCAUCCUUUUCGUGGUAAACUCAGACCAGCAAGCCUUAUUACAUGCAAAAGAAUUGCACCUUUUAGAGAGUGCUGAUGAAUCUACCCGAAAUGAAAUCGAAGAGCUUCUCAAUCAAGAAUAUCUCGAACACGAUACUUAUAUCAUGUUCCGACAAGUUAUGGAAACGGUUGAACCUUGGUAUAGUCAUGAAAUGAUUUCAUUCAAAAUGGAUUCCAUCAACUUUGAGCCAUUCUCAACAUCCUUAGAGCCUAGCUCGUGUUCCGUCUUAGGAAUCAAACUGAGAUUGAUUUAUGAAAAAAUUUUGAAAAGAGUUGAUUCUGAAUUAUUUUUCCAUCUCUUCAACAUGCAAAUCGAACCGCAAAUAUUCGGAAUUCGAUGGUUAAGACUACUUUUUGGCCGUGAAUUUUCUCUGCAAGAUCUUCUAGUCAUCUGGGAUGCCAUUUUCUCGGAUGGAAUUUCCUUUUCCUUAUGCGAUUACAUAUUUACCGCUAUGUUAAUAGUUAUUCGCGAUUUACUUCUUUCCAGUAAUUACUCUCAGUGUAUGAAUCAUUUAAUGAGAUAUCCAAGUGUACCUGAUACUCAAUAUAUUCUUGAUUUAGCUCUUCAUUUAAGGGAUCCUAUUAACCACCCUGAGCCUCAUGGGUACACGGUCGGGGUCCAUCCUAUCGAAGUGACACCAAGUCCUAUCCAUGUCAUUCUUCCUGACGUAAUUGAACAAAAACCAGUUCCUUCAACGAGCUCAUCAUCUCGAGAAAUAUCUGAACGAAAUACCGAUUCAGCUAAAACACCUAACCGCCCUAAAACACUGCCUAUAUUACAAGUUAACACUUCUAAAAAUCAAGUUACAAAUCAACAGAAAAGUAGUAUCAGUGAAAAACCACAAUCUGGACAAUCACAUGCACACCAGCUUCAACCAGUAUCGCAGCGACAAUCCCAAAAUGGAUCAUCCUCUCCCACAAAAGUAGUGGAUCAUCCGCUUGCACAUCCUUUGUCUUCUGAUGAUGGACCCUCUUCUGGUUAUUCACCACAACUAACUCCCAGUUUUCCUUCUGUUUUGUUCAAGAAAAAAACUCAAGAAAUGAAAUCAUUCAACAAACCAACAAAUCUCAAUGGAAAAGAGCUAGACUAUUGUUGUGAACUGUUAACCAACCAAAUCGAUAUUUUGCAGAAAACUUUAGCUGAAGAAGAGCUCAAAAAUAAUGAUGUUAUCUUUCUCGCCGUGGCUAAACUUAAAAUCGCAAGAGACCUUCUUAAAGGUACCUUAAAAUUGAACGAGAUUGAUUAGAUAGUUUUUGAUAAUUUUGUUAUGAAUAAGCUGCUAGUUUGAAUUGCUUUUGAAGACAUUCAAACAGUUUUUUUGUAAAUUGUGGAAACAGGAAAAUGAUUUUCUCAAUCACCAUAUUUUCAUUACUUUUGCAUCUGACAGUAUUUGUUGACAAUUUUGGGGUAAAAGAAAAUAGCAGAAAAUAAAUGCUAUGCAUAUUUGUACUUUUAUU